AUGUGUCACGAAAUCGGAUCUAAUGUCACACAAACGCAUUCAUACGGGAGACAAACCAUACUUGAUGUCAAUCAUGUGAGCGCUUCGGAUGGGUAUCUCUCUUCUCCAGCGAUCACUGUUUGCCACGAAUUGUCGGCUUUUGGUGCCAAUUAUAACCGGAAGAAUGCUGUCAUUGGUUCCGGAGUUCUAUAG